AUGACAUCGAUAAGUCUAUGUCGUCGGAACAACAAACAAUCAGGUCACAGUAUUAGUUCAAAAUAUCGUUCGAAAUCUGGUCGUACUUCAAGCAGCAGCGGAGAAAGCGUCCGAGGCCACCGUUCCAGUUCAUCUGAUCGAUCUUACUCUAAUCGAGGAUCACGUAGUGGAUUUCGUCGCCCUAAACACUCUCGUGUAGAAUACAUUACUACAUUUGGUGAUAAUGAAGACAAUGUUGAUGAUAAACGAAAUAAUAGUGGGAGUUCACGAUUUAGUUCAAAUAAACAAACAUUGCUCUCUGAUCGAAAUGGAGGUGGAUUAUCUGGUUCAUUAGAUUCUAAACCUCCUGGAUCAGCUGCAUCUGCUGUCGCAGCUUCUGUUGUUUCCAAGCUGCUCAGUUCAACAUCACAAACAUCAGUAGUCAAAAGUAAAAGUAGUUUUGUCAGUGCAUCUGGUCCAAAAUCCACAAGAACUGAAUCUCGCAUACGGUCCUCUCCUAGUUUUAGUGAUCGAAGAAGACCACUGCAAUCGAGAAACCGCUACCGCCGUUCCACCUCUCGAUCUAGUAGUCGGCGAUCACACAGUUCUCGUGGUAGCAGGAGCCGUAGGAGAUAUCAUAGUCGAACGCGGAAUAGUAACAGCAGCAGAAGUUAUCGUAGUUCUUACCGGAGGUACAAAUGUAGUCCGAAUCGAUACCGCUCAAGGCACAGAUCCUCUUCAUCAAGAAGAUCGUGUUCUAGUUCUAGUACUUCAACCGACAAUCGAAAAUCUAACUAUGAUCGGGUUAGUGCAAAUCCGUCUACUAGAUCCUUCAAUCAAAAUCCACCGUGUGAACAAGACGCCGUUAUUCAACCAAACGUUCAAAAACAACCUUCACCUCCAGUACGCAAGCGAUAUUAUCGUCCUGAGUUAGAAUCAGCCGAUGAAUUGGAAUUAUCAGACGAGGAACAAAAUGAUACUAAAAAAGAAUCAUCAAAGUCUUCAGAUGGGAAUUCUGGAAAACAAUUAACCUCAAGGAGGUCGGAUUCAAAUUCCUAUGGAAAUUUCGCGGGUAAGAUGACGUCUCAACAAAUGGUCACGGGUGGUCCUAGUCCAAGCCAUGAUUUAAAAACUCCUGGGGUUGUUGGCUCGACAGUCCGUUCUCUUAUGCCACAAGAAUUAUUGAAACGUCGUGUUCAGUCUCAGCUUACUAAAGCCUUCAAUGCUGACAAAAAAGCCGAGUUAGAAAAACAAAUCCAAUUGGAACGAGAACGUCAGGCUCGAGAAGAAGGACUUCGUCGACAAGCUCGCCUUCUCAGGCGUCAAGAAGAAAAACGCUUACGUGCUGAACGACGUGCUAUGGCCAUAGAGUUGGGAUCAGUUCCUGGGAAUUCUUCCGACUCAUCAUCUCAUUCCUCUAGCUCAUCGGGUAGUAGUUAUCACAACAGUAGCCGUGCUAGAUCUAGACGAUUUCAAGCUUCACCGGUUCGUCGACAAUCAUCAAUGUAUUCUUCUGGUAGUCGAAAAUAUUCUCCUCCUCCUCUUCAUUCAUCAUACAGCCGACCUCGAAUGGAGUCGGAACGAGGACUUUUAGGCAGUCCAAGUCGUGUUGUAGAUGCUAGACUACCGUCUCCACCAUCUAAUACAAAUCUAUGUAAUUUUCCCAGAGACACGCGUGUUCCCAUCAAUCGGAUUCCCAGAUCUAGUAAUUCAUUACUCGGUAGUCCUAUUCAAAAUUCUUAUUCUACUUCAAGAGAUCGUGGAAGUGCUUCAUCAUCAUCUCGACUUAUUGGCUCCAGGGAAGAACAAAGAAAUAAUAUCAAUCAUUGUUUCAAUAUUGAUGCCACUCGAAUCGGAUUGGAAACCGUCAAAUCAAUCAGUUAUUCUCAAUAA